UCAAGAGAGUUACAGCCUCAACGCCAGGCGUUUCGAGAUAUGAGAUUAGGCUCUAUUUCUCUUUUCUGUCCUUUCUGAAAACACAAAAUAAGGGCUGAUCACUUUGCAGGCGAACCGACGCUUGCGAUUCUAUUUAAGGACGACUUUUAAACCCCCCGGUGUGCAUGCACGGUUCCCCUAUCAGUAGGCAAGUUAUUGAGAGAGAGCCAGAGAAGAGGGAAAAGGGUAACCCCAGGAAACAGGGAUGGUGGACAAUUCCGGUAGCAGCAAGGCGCAAAUGCCCAGUAUGUCUCAGGAGGGCGGUCUGGGGACCGGCGUGAAACUAGAGGCGGUGAUGGAGCAGCUCCAGCGGCAGCAGCAGGCACGUCUGGAGAUGGAGCGCAAGGAGCGCCAUCUGCGCGAGGCCCACAUCAUGUACGCCCAGCAGAUGGCCGCCCAACAGGCCAUCCUGGCGGCCGCACGCGCCCAGGGCGCUGGCUUCAUGGGCAAGGGCCUGGGUCCGGCUGGCAUGGCGGCUCUGGCCAUGGCAGGCGGUGCAGGUGGAGGUGGCGGUGGCGUGCUGUCACGGGCGUCCAACCAGAACAGCGUGGACUCUGAGCGCGAGGAUGACGAUGAGGACGGCGCUCGUGGCAGGCGAGACUCCGGGGAGGACGACGAGGAGGAAGAUGAGGAGGAAGAAGAGAUGAUGGAGGGGGACGAGGGGACCGAGGGGGAGGACGAAGACGAGCGAGGAGGGCUGGAGUACCUCAGGAAGCAGACACUGGCCCUCCAGCAGGGCAUUCCGCGCGUCCCCCCACGGCCCUACGGCAACUACGUGACCGCCGCCCCUGGCCCCGGUCCCCAGAGGGCCCCCUCGCCCCCUGUCAGGGUCAAGCAGGAGCCUGAAGAGAGCCUCUCGCCAGCCGAACCCCACUCAGCUGCCUCCCCCAACGGACAGGCAGACUGGAGCUAUGACGAUCACUUCAAGCAGAAUGGAAGUGCAGCCUGGGUGGACGACACAGACAGCCCAAAGGGAAGAGGGGAGGCCUCCCGAGACUUCACUAAGCUGUAUGAGCUAGACAGUGACCCUCAAAGAAAGGAGUUUUUGGACGACCUCUUCUCCUUCAUGCAGAAAAGAGGGACUCCAGUCAACCGCAUCCCUAUCAUGGCCAAGCAGGUUCUGGAUCUGUACAAGCUGUACAAGCUGGUGACGGAGAAGGGCGGCCUGGUGGAGGUCAUCAAUAAGAAGAUCUGGAGGGAGAUCACCAAGGGCCUCAACCUGCCCACCUCCAUCACCAGCGCCGCAUUCACGCUCCGCACACAAUACAUGAAGUACCUGUACCCAUUCGAGUGUGAGCGUAAGGGCCUGAGCUCCCCCAGCGAGCUGCAGGCCGCCAUCGACAGCAACCGGCGCGAGGGCCGUCGCCCCAGCUACAGCAGCAGCGUGUUCCGCUUCUCCCCCUCGCCCAGCGCUGCCCCGCACAUCCUCUCCUCUCCCAAGAUGCACAUGGGCGCUCUGGGCGCCGGGGCCGCGGGGGCCCUCAACGGGAUGCAGGCCUCCUCCAGCCCCUCCCUCAAGAAAGGAGUCGAAGACAUGGCCUCCUCCAUGCUGGCGGGCCGUUCCCAGCUGGCUCUGUCCGUGGGUCAGCAGCAGGUGGCAGGCCUGGCACGGGCCACCACCCUGGAGCAGCUGCGGGAGAAGCUGGAGACGGGCGGCAUGGCCGCAGGCCUGGGCGGGAUGGCGGGCUUCGGCGCAGCGGCGGCGGCUGCGGCAGCCGCGGGGCUAACGGAGGGCCCAGAGAGGAAGAUGGCGCGGCUAGCUGAGGAGCAACAGAGGCUGCUGCAGCAGGCCUUCCACCACAACCUGCUGGCCAUGGCCUCUCAGGUCCCCAUGAACCUGCGGCUGGGCAACGUCAGAGCUGAGGACAAGCAGGACCUCUCCCUCAGCAUCAGCACCUCUGGAGCUUCCAGCAUCAGUGUGUCUGUAGAGGUCAAUGGAACUCUGUACUCAGGAACACUGUUUGCCCAAAAGUCUGCUGCGCCGGCCGCAUCUGUGGCCCCUACAGUGACCUCUGCUGGUCCGAGUGGGAUCUACACUUUCCCCUCCAGCCACAGCCCCUCCUCCAGUGCCUCUUCCAAGGGGCCCAGCUCAGCGGAGCCCUCCUGCAGCGGCUCCCCUUAGUCUGGGGAGGCCCUUCACCCGCUGCCCAGGCUCGCUACUCGGCCUGGUAUAUCCAGUACAUCAUUUCUAUAUGAAAAGGAAAAAAAAAAUCAAAACUGUUGUACAACCAGUACCUCAAUGCUCCUGUCGACCAUGGCUGUCCACACACAUGCACAGACACAGACACAUACAUACAACCCCCACACACACACACACACACACACACACGCACAUAAAUACAUACAUAUACAAGCAUACAUGCAGUUAUUUUGUUGUGCAUGUUUUUAACCUCUCUCACACACACACUCUACUCUCUGCUCUCUCUCUUUUUCAGUUCCUCACACAUACAUGCUGACCCCUUCCU